UGUAUAAGCAACAGUGUGAGAGUGAGAGGAAAAAGGGUGUGCAACGAGAUUUAGUUUGGACACGGAAGUUAAAAGAGAGGACGGGUGAUGCAGGGAAAGUGUGUGCCAGUUCAUAUUUGUCCGCUUUAAGAACGGGGACGGGAUCCGAAGCUCUGCAGUAAAUUUGUGGAAAUGCACCUAGAGACUGAAUAAACCCCGUCCCACGCUUCACAGUUCCGCAGUUCUGCCAUAUGUCCUAUUUCAAAUCUGAUCGAUCUGCUUUUGUGAUGCAUGUUAGUCUGAUAUGCCUGAUGGAAUGCUAGUAAAACAGGAAUGAAAGCACGAUGGAGAUUUACAGUGAAUAAUAUAUGGCUAACAUUUAAAACGUAAAAAUUGCUAGGUUUAUCUAAUGAUUUGAGGCUCAAAGCAUUCACGAAUUUCCGACUGCUACUCCAUUUUACUGUAUAACACUGUUUAUAGUCACCAUCAAAGAAAGAAAGAAAAACAUCAAGGCAAACUAAGGAGAUGGAUGGUCCAGCAUUAGGCCACCUUCUUGUCUCCCUUUCUGGGAUCUUUCUUCUGUAUCCUCUGGUGGUUAAAACUCAGAAUGACACGGAGCCUAUUCUACUGGAAGGGAAGUGUUUGGUAGUUUGUGACUCCACUCCAACUGCAGAACCAGGAGUUAAUGCACUGGGAAUGUCAGUUCGCUCCGGUACAGGGCGAGUCGCCUUUUCUGCCAUCCGCAGCACUAACCAUGAACCAUCAGAGAUGAGCAACCGGACGAUGACUAUUUACUUUGAUCAGGUCUUGGUAAACAUUGGCAGCCAUUUUGACCCUGCACGGAGCAUCUUUCUGGCACCUAGGAAAGGGGUUUACAGCUUCGGCUUCCAUGUGGUCAAAGUUUACAAUAGACAGACGAUACAGGUAAGCUUGGUGUUGAAUGGUUGGCCGGUGAUCUCAGCUUUCGCAGGGGAUCAGGAUGUGACACGUGAGGCAGCAACCAACGCAGGACUGGUUACAAUGGAGAGAGGAGACAAGGCCUACCUCAAACUUGAGCGAGGAAACCUGAUGGGUGGCUGGAAGUAUUCGACCUUUUCUGGGUUCCUCGUUUUUCCUUUAUAGAUGGAAUUUUUCAGAAUUUGUUGUUCGUAUAUGCUUCAUUCUUUUCCGUUUUGUCUGUUUCGUGGUGGUGAUUUCAAAAAAUAUUUGUCAUCAACAUAUUCCAAUGAUUUGCAUGGAAUACUUAAAUUAUACCUAAAACACAUCAGGUAAAGACAGUGGAACUGAUGUGGACAUUUUAUUAAGAUCAAAGUGCAAAUGGUUGCAGAUGGGUACACGGCCGCAUACCUAUUUCUAUUUAUUAUCAUCAGUGCCAUCUGUUAAUCUGGCAAAACAGGUCAGUAAAGAGACGAAAAA